AUGCGAUCACCAGCACGGCCCGUUCCACAACCUCUCCCGCAAGAGGACUCGGACGAUGAGAACGAUAUUGAGCUGACAGAAGCUUUCGGGGACGACGAUGACGAUGAUGAGUUGGGAGAAGGCUUUGACGAAGCCACUGGUUUAAUGACCUCACGAUGCAGCUUGGAGGACGAAUAUGAUUUGGAAGAUGGAUAUUCCGCCGGUUCCUUUCGAAAUUUGGUGUGCCUAAUGAUAGUCGUCCUCAUCAUUGCGAUGUUGGCGGUAGUAAUACCUGAAACAGGGGCGUUGUGGUAUCUCAAGUCACCAGCAAGGAUCCCAGUCGACUACAAAUGCCAAAUACCGUGGGAAGGGGACGCGAACAUGACAGCAGCUAUUGCGGCGAAUGCCACAAAGUUUCUGGAAUCAUAUCGAGAACGAACCAAAGAGAGAUGGGAUAGGUCAUAUGCAGAAUUGAAGGCAUCCAUGUUCGAUUUCAAAUCAACAUAUUUUCCAAAGUAUCUGAAUGAUGAUGGAAGCUCCAUUUAUGAAAGUGGUUGCGGUGUUGGUAUUACACUAUUCAUGACGCUGGAGAUUUUGCAAGAGUCUUCGGGGAUCGAUAACCUAGUUGUUUAUGGUAGUGAUCAAAAAGAGGAUCUUGUGAGUGAAUCAAGUGCUGUUUUCGAUAAACUUGGCCCGGCACAUGCUGAUAGGGGAGUAUUUUGUGUCGCCGACCCGACGGAUCUUGGUUUUGUCCCCGAAAACGCAUUCGAUCUUGCCUACACCGGGUACAUUCGGCCUCUCAAGGAUCCUCUGAAUAUCGGCGGAAACCAAACGGACAAUUAUCAAAAAUACCAGCAAAUAUGCGACGCUGUUGACUGGGAAGGUCUAAAGUUGAAGGAGCUCGCACAAGAGACACAGGAAAAGUGGUACGGCGAAAAUGUUAGAGAAUUGGCUCGACUCGCCAAGCCCGGCAGCCCAGUGAUUGUCGAACAAGUCUCCAAGAGAAACUGCGAUUCCACGUUUGAUCGGGGAGGUGUAUCGGAAGACUGGUGGACUACAAGUGCCCGCAACAACACAUAUGGCUGGAAUAUCAAUCCUGAAUCCAUUGUCAUUGAGGUGGCUAAGCUAUACGUGGAUCGCUACCAUGUGUUCAUGCUGAAGAAUGGUAAAAAGCCGGAAUGA